AUGUUGAUAACCAAUCAAGAAUACCUGGACUCUGAAUUGAUUCCUGUAAAAAUAUUAGUGGAAGGAGUACCCGGCAGAAGAUGGCAAAUAAUGUGGCCUAGUGAAGUUGGAGAGACCGAGGGAGAAGCUCAGGUAGCCAUUAAUGAUAAUAGAAUGGAGAGAAUUGAGGGAAAUCAUCAGAACGCGGGGGAUAGUUCUCUGUCAAGAACCAUUCCGAGUACCAAUACACGUGAAUCUGUAGAACCGCAAGUGGAGGCGGUAAUGGAUAAAAUGGUCAGCCACUUUGAACGCUGGCAUUAUGAGGGAGGAUAUAGAAGGCGCAGAGUUUUUUCUGGCAUAACGCCAGUCCCUACCGGAGAAGAAGGAUAUGACGCUUGGAGAGAAGCCGCCGUGCAACACUCUGAAGAGUGGAGGUGCCCGGAGCACAUAAAAAAACAAAGGAUUGUGGAAAGCCUGAGAGGUCCUGCCAUGGGCAUCAUCCACGCUACACGGAGAAGCAAUCCCAGCGCCACCUUGAAAGACUAUUUCAACGCCCUAGAUUAUUUUUUUGGAACUCUAGAAGACGUAGGGGAUAUCUUGUCUAGGCUAAAUCAGACCUACCAAGAGCCUGCUGAGACUCUCACUAAUUAUAUUUAUCGUCUAGAUAAGAUAUUAUAUAAAUUGAUGGACAAAGGAGGGAUUGAAGCCUCUGAGAUUGAUUAG